AUGAAGCAUUAUGUGCAUCGUGAUUUUAUUUGUGAGAAAAAAUUUUCAUUCUCGGCCCAUAGAGUGUUUGGGGUCAUAAAAAAUAUUGAGGAUCGAGGGUGGUUAGGUUCUUUAACUGGGCUGGAUGGUUUUGUUCCUAGAGUUGUACAAGAAUUCUAUGCCAAUCUCAAUGAUGAUCUGUUUGAUAGGAAGUCUUUUAUGUUUGGACAAGUUUAUGUCCGAGGGAAUUGGUAUUUGUUCAAUGCUGUUGAAAUUACCAAGGUUCUUAAUUUGCCUCUUUCUGUUGAUAAUGUUGUUGUUGAGUUUAACAAAGAUAAGGUGCUUUCGGAGUUGGUAGGACAAAAUAUGGUGUGGGAACCUCACUCUGUCCUCAAAGUAACAGAUCUUACUCAUUACUAUGCUGUGCUUCACAAAUUUGCCACCUCCAACUGGAUUCCCACUACUCAUACCUCAACCAUUACCUUUGACACGGCCUUCUUUCUGUACAAAGUUGGAACUGGUCUUCAUGUUGAUCUUGCCUCUCUCAUUUUUGACCAGAUCACUGGCUUAGGGAAUGCCAAAAAGAAAGGUCAAUAUUUGGUGUUUCCCCAUUUGAUCUACAAGUUGCUUGAUUCUCAAAAGCCUCUUCGCUUGGAAUAUGAAAUCUUGACUCCUCCUAGUGCCGGAGCAGACUACAAACUCAAAAAGGAACCAUCAUCUGUUAAAGCAACUAAAGGGAUUUCUCUCAAGGCUGGCGAUGCUGAUUCUGUUGCUGCUGAACUCGCUGGUGUCAAGGCCACCCUGGAAUCUGUUCAAACAGAAGUGAUCAGCCUCAAGAGUUGUCUUCCACAAUGGUGUCUCACUUUGCUGCCGGUCCUUCCCACUGAGUCCAUUUAG